UAGACUAUGGUUAACAUUAGAGCCCCGUUACAGUAUGGUUAAAUUAGGGUUGUUGGACCUUUAUCUGACUCAAAGGGAGUUUUAUGACUGACGUUGUGAGGAUUACCUGACCAGUGUCAUUGGUAUUGCAGGCUGCAAUUGGACCCUUCUCGAGCAAACAGACUUGCGCUCCAAAACGGAAGUGUUUUUUUUUUUUACACAAGCACUGGAGAAGCAAGCAAUGCUACUGUGCACAGCAAUUGCUUCUUGUGUCUUUAAAUAGUCAACAAGGAAGUAAUGCGUCCUUAACGUCACAGCAAGGAAGCGCUUUUGGGUUUAAUAACAUUAUGUGCAUAGAAGUGCGCCUACUUCUGAAGUCUUCAUGGCACUUCAUGAUGGCGCUCAUGUUCUUUUUUUUAUUGAGUGCAUCAGUGGGCAGUUUUGAUCACUGAGAAGUCCAUCUGUUUUUUUGAGGGAUGGCCGCUGGGUUUGCACCCCCGAAGCUGGCCGAAUUUAUUCUGACUGAAAGGCUGGGCAGUGGCACCUAUGCCAUUGUUUACAAAGCCUACAGAAAGAAUGACAACCGAGAAGUGGUUGCAGUGAAAGUGGUUAGUAAGAAAAGCCUCAAUAAAGCAUCCACGGAAAAUCUGCUGACUGAGAUAGAAAUUCUCAAAACAGUGAAGCACCCACAUAUUGUCCAGCUAAAGGACUUUCAGUGGGAUAGUGAAAACAUCUACCUCAUAAUGGAGUUUUGCUCUGGAGGGGAUCUCUCUCGCUUUAUCCACAGUAGGCGCCUUCUGCCUGAACACGUUGCGCGUCGUUUUCUGCAACAGCUUGCCAGUGCCUUGAAAUUUCUUCAUGAAAGAAACAUUUCUCAUCUCGAUCUUAAACCUCAGAACAUCUUACUAAGUGGUGGUAUGCUUAAAUUAGCAGAUUUUGGCUUUGCACAGUAUAUGUCUCCUUGGGAUGAGAGACAUGUACUCCGUGGUUCUCCACUUUACAUGGCACCUGAAAUGGUCUGUAAUCGGCAGUAUGAUGCUCGUGCUGACCUCUGGUCCGUUGGUGUUAUUCUUUAUGAAGCAUUAUUUGGUCAUCCUCCUUUUGCUUCCCGAUCCUAUGCUGAGAUAGAGGAGAAGAUUCGCAGCAACAGGCCAAUUGAGAUUCCCCCAGGCAUUUUGGUUUCUAGAGACUGCCGGGAUCUUUUAUUAAGGCUUCUAGAAAGAGAUCCAGAUGUCCGCAUAUCAUUUUCAGAGUUUUUCCUUCACAACUUCGUUGACCUUGAACAUAUGCCUUCUGCUGAAAGUCUUGGAAAAGCUACUAUGCUGGUUGUGGAAGCUGUUAGUAAAGAUCAGUCUGGGGACUAUGCAGCAGCUCUUUCAUUGUACUGUCAGUCACUGGAACACUUUGUCCCUGCUGUUCAUUAUGAAACUGAUGCCCAGCGUAAAGAAGCUAUCAGGAAAAAGGUAAAACAGUACAUCUCUCGCGCAGAGGACUUGAAAGCAUUGGUUGCAUCAAAUAACAAGAUAAGCUUUGCCCAAGCAAAAACUACGCGUGACCUUUUAAAAGAAAUGUCCAGAGGAAGCCCACGAUUAAUUGCAGGUCUGGAAUUAGCAUCAGCAGCAGUAGCCAAGGAAGAAGAGGGUGAUGAUGGCCAUGAUACCCUUGAUCUUUACCAGCAAAGUUUAGGGGAACUCUUACUUAUGUUGGCUGCGGAACCAGUAGGAAGACGACGAGAACUGCUUCAUGGUGAAAUUAAAUGCUUGAUGGCCAGAGCUGAGUAUCUGAAAGAACAGCUGAAGAUGAGGGAAACACAGGCUGAAGCUUCAAUGGACAGAGAUCCUCUGUCUGAGUCUGUUAAGAGUUCAUGCUGUGUCCAGUGACCCAGUGAAGAGGAAGCUGAGAAAAAUGCAAGAUUCAUUCACAACCUUCCUCCAGAAUGGCUGUCUUUGACAGUAAAUGGCUGAAUCCUAUAAAUCCACAAUAUAUUUAUUUAUUCAUUUGCCAUUCUAGUUGACAUUACAGUAUUUCAUACACUGUUGAAUCCAAGGCAAGUCCCUUUAUAGGACAACUCUCAAGAAAGCCUGGUAAUGGUUUGAAUCUCUUCAUUUUGUGCAGUUUUAUCAGCAAGUAAGUAUGUAAUUUAGUAGUAAUUUCUAAAUCCAUACUUUUUAUUGUAUAGGUUAUGCCAUGAACAUUUUGAAUAGUUUGAAUAUAAUAUGUUUUACUGUAAAAUUUUUGGGGGUGUUGGGGAGGGGUAGAUUUUGGUUGUUUUAUGAAAAAUAUUGAUUAGAAUUCCAUAGUUUUAAACAUUUUUUUGCAAACGAGGUUUUGUUUUACUUCAUUACAUAUUAUAUUCAAAGAUGGUUAGUGAAAACAUUGACAGGCAAUCAAUUUUUGUCUCCUCAAUUAAAAUUAUUUUUAACCACAUUUUCAUGGAACACCUAAUGCUUUUCCUUUUUCUUGCCCAAUCAGAUGCUAUGGACUCUGUAAUUUAUGCAUUCAGAGUGAUGUAGUUGGUUAAAAAAAUAAGGAUUUAUAACAUUUAUUGUUAGCAUUGAAAUUACGUUUACUGCCCAAAUCACUGUAUUUAAGGUAAUGUCAAACCACUUGAUCUGCUCAGUCAAACAGUGGGUAUAAAUUAUUUAGAAUUAUAAGUUGCUUUAGCUUCCUGUUAAUCUUUUAUCUAUGAUUAUAUCAUUCAUUUAAAUAAUUCUGGAGUUUUAUUUAAUAAUGAGAGCAACAAGUAGUACUUAAUUUUAUUAAGCCUUAACUAUAAAUUGUUCAGGGUAACAUGCUUCCAUAAAAAUCAUUCUUAAGAUAAAAUCACAAAGGUUCGAAAGAUGACACAUUUUAUUUAUUUAUUUAUUUAUAUCAAUGUGUUUUGGGGUUUUUUUUUUUACAAUUGUUAGAAUGUGUGAUUUAAAAAUUAAAAUUUUUGAAAAAAAAUGCCUUACAUUUUUCGAUGCUGUUUUCUUUGUGAUAAAGUAAUUUAUUUAUUUGUCAGUAAGGUUCUUGUUAAAGGGUUUCAAGUGCAGGUUCAUUAGUUACCUGAAGACUAUUUAUACUUUAUAUUGCCAUGUUUGUUCUGUCUGAC